GCUGACAUGCAUGUGCGCGCACACACACACACACACACAAUUAUCUGAGGACCUGAUGGGAGAGUAUAAGGAGGAGGAGGAACGGUCUAGUUCUGCUGUCACUGCUAACUGAGACUAAGGAGAGGAGAGAGACGACGCUGGCCGGAGCUAAACAGACUCUGUAAAACUACUGAACAUAGACUAGGCUUCACCAGACCAGUAAAGCACCUCUGUCUACUUGUCUCUAGUUGUGUCUCGAGCUCUGUCUACCUGUUUUAGUUGUGUUUAGCUGCAUCUAGCCUGUGUCUCUAGCCUGUCUUUAGCCUGUAUCUAGCUCUGUCUAUCUGUAUCAUCGGACCUCAACUUCGUCAGUCAAACAUGCAGGACCAUCACCACUAUUUCAGUAGCAGGACAGCCUUUGCAUGGUGUCUGGUGUGUCUGGUGCUCGCUCAACAGGUGUCUUCGAGCCCUGAUCCCUCUGCGGAUGUCCAGCCCAGCUCUGGUCAGCUCCAGCUGGGUCGGGGGCAGAGGGUACUGAGGAGGACGGCACGUAUGACCCCGCUGUGGAGGACCAUGGGUACUAAACCCUACGGGGCGUACUGUCAGAACAACUACGAGUGCUCCACUGGAAUCUGCAGGGGUGGCCACUGUAUGUUCAGCCAAGCCAUCAAGUCCUAGAAGAGAUGACAGAGAAAUACGUUCAACAUUUUCCCAAUCAGUUCUUCAUGGACUUGUUCUCCAGGGAUAUAUCAUAGCUCCCCUCAACCCUCCUUCUCCUCCACAGAGCCAAUUAUUAGUUACGGUAUUGCUGGUUUCUAUUGAAGAAAACCUCCAAGCGUAAGGGUUAGGAUUUUUAAUAAGCAAGGAGUUUGGAAGAUUGUAUAUUAGCUUUUUGACUUCACCAAAGUCGAUGAUAUGCAAAAGGUAUAUCUCUAGUAUAUGAAGGGUUGAGAUAUCUUAAAUCAGGCAUAAAGAUAUUCCUUAGAGCAGGACUCUCCAACCCUGGAGUGCUACCCUCCUGUAGGUUUUUGCCCCAACCCUAGUUGUAAACUGACCUAAUUCAGCUUAUCAACCAGCUAAUUAUUAAAAUAAGGUGCGCUUGAUUAGCAUUGGAAUGAAAAUCCACCUAUCUUUCUUUUUUUAUGCAAGGUGAUGGUUUGACUUGAUGUUGUAUGUAAGCUUUUUGACAUUACCAAAAUAGAUGCCACACAGGUGUCACAUCCACAUGGGUUUUUGCUUGUCAUACAGGGGACAUAUGAGGUUUUUAAUAUUUCUACUAAGAUUUCAUAUGGGUGACAACAAAUCAAAGUGCCUAAAGAAAUCAAUAAAAUUUGAUUUGUCACAUGCACCGAAUACAAUUGGUGUAGA